GAAUCAAAUUUUGGCGCGAAUGUCUUUUAAGGAAAAGAAAAUUUUGAAGUACGUCCAUGUUCAGAUGGCGCUUAAAAAAAAAAAAAUUUACAUGUGUUGUUUUGCGAUGAAAUACUGCUAGCUGGAGCUGCCGUACCUUUAUUUAACAGCUACAAAUAAUAAAGAAUUUACUGGUUAAAGCUCCUUGACUUCGUUCUAAGCCGAAAGCGGUGAAAAAAAUUAGGCUGAAGCACCAUAUUUUACGAACUGAAAGGUGUUGUGAAAGCGAACAUCGCUCAGAAUAAUUCGCACGUUUCUGAAGGAGGAAUUACAGUCAAACCAGGUCAAGAUUCCAUUCAUGAAUUGAUUAUUUGAAAAGUGAACCCGUUUGUCGCUUCUGUAACUUGUAACCGGUAUCAAAUUGCAUUCACAUGAUCGGUGAAUUUUUGACUGCAACUUUUUAGUAUACGAUGAGAUGAAAAAUAUUUCAAGGGAUGAAAUUUCUAUUUAGGCAUUCUUCAAAUUCAAGAAACUGAGCCGGCAGAAAUUUUACAACGAACUCGCGUGUGUAUUCACUGCUCAUUACGCAAGCAAAAAAUGCAGACUGAAAUCAACAACCGCUAACGGAUGGCGGCAUUUUGGCCAAUUGGAAUAGCGCAAAUCAUCCGUAUUGUUUCCUAUCCAAUCAGAAAAAAGUCCAGAUUCUGGCUUUUUUGCAUGUGAUCCAACAAAGAAAUGUAUCAUGCCCCCUUCCCGUGAGAGUCAUAAAGGGAUAAUAGGGAGAGGGCAUGAUCUCAGGCUAAGGAAGGCAUUGCAGAGCUUUGCGAAAGAAUUCGGACGGGGUGUACGACAACAACGAACGAGAGACCAAAGAAAGUGUUGGUACACUUGCACUUGCUCUGAGUAUGUUCAGAAGGAAUGCGUCGGCACAUGGAGAAGUCGAUUUGCUGAAAGAGGUUCAAGGGAGUGAAGGACAAACUACAGUUCAAGACGCAGCCGAAGAAUAUGAGAUUAUUUAUUCAAAAGAGACUUAGUUGCUCACAACCACAAUUACAAGAGGUAUAUCAUUCCUUGCUUCCUUGCAGUUCUUUUAAAAGAUCUCCACCAUAACGCCGGGGGACGCAUUCCUGAGAUCACAUGGGUUUGAGAUGGCUGGAACAGUCAGAAGAAGAUCCCGUUGUAUACCAGACUGGGCACCGUGACGAUAGAAAUUCACCCAAGUGUAUCAUCGGGAAGGUUCAAAUAAUAAAAGAUGGAAACAACUUCUGUUUGAGCUGCCUUGAAGAGCAACGCCUAGUUGCAUCGCUCCAGGGGUCAGUCGAAUCAGAUGAUUCACCUGCGUCAGGUGGUGACGAAGAGGAAGGGGAGCAAGCUCAGGGGGACAACUUUUCAGAGCCAAUUAGAUUUGAAGCAGGAAGGAGUAGGUCUGGAAGACCUGCAACCAGAUAUGUCCUCUAACAAUCUAUAAUAGUUAUUAAGCCAGGAAAAGCCAUUAAUGGGCUUGACACAGAAAAGCUGUUAAACUGUAGAACCUGUGGCUUGCACCAUUUAAUUUUUCUACUUCAUGUAAAGCAGGUAUUUUUCUAUUGGUAAUUGAUCGUGAUCCUCACUGUAACACACACAGAGUGAAAGAGGAAAUUCACAUAAGAGUGCACUCUCACAACAUCAACGGGGAUAGCAGAAUAGAAAGUCCAGAAGCUUGGUUGCCCUUAAUCAAGAAACACAGCAAUAGGAGAUCCGUACGACAACGGACCAGUGAGGCAAAAGCUCAAUACAAACAACGGAGUAAGAAAUGCACCAAUCUCAGUGGCUAAUAAUCGACCAACAAGAACCAGAGCUUGGAGUAAUAUAAGUUCACGUGUGACCAGUCGACGAAGACUAGCAAGCCAAGGUCUUUAAGUGUUGCUUUUCUAAUGAACACUUGAAGUACGCAGUUGAAAUGCCGCGAUCUACAUCCUUAAGUGACUGAAUCGUGAGACAAACGAUUACACUUUAUUAACAUCAAUAUUGUAGACCAGUAACACGGCCGACGUGAAAUUUUUGGUUGCAAGAGUCUCUUUGGAAAUAAAACAUCCAUUACCCACAUCAUUGCACAGAUCGGACAUUGAUUAACUGGACAAGUUAUCUGGGAAAGCAGAUGUUCGUCCGGUACAGGAAUUGGAAAUCUAGAGGAAGACCUUAGUUCAGAAGUACCUUACAGUGACAUUAAUUCAACCGGGGACCAACCAGCGCUAGCUGUGUUUGCUGUUUGACUAAAAAUAUAUUUAUUCGAAUUUUUUAUCCAAAAAUU